AUGGCCACCACUCCCUCGCAAAACUACGACUAUCUCAGACGCAAGCAGAGCACAAAGGCCACCGUUCCUAGCAUCACACCUGUCCGCGGCCACGCCCGGACGCCGAGUGAGCGCAAUAGCAACGGCACAGUCAGCUCGUAUGGAACUACCAACACGCGCGACACUGCCAUCACGGAGCCCCCGGCCUACUCUAAGAAGCUCGUCGUCGUCGGCGAUGGCGGUUGCGGCAAGACAUGUCUGCUGAUCAGCUACAGCUCCGGCAACUUCCCAGAGAAAUAUGUACCAACAGUCUUCGAGAACUACAUCACCCAUACGCCCCAUCCGCCCACGGGCAAGAUGGUUGAGCUGGCCCUGUGGGAUACCGCCGGCCAAGAAGAGUACGACCGCCUGCGACCCCUCUCCUACCCAGAGACAGACGUCAUCUUUGUUUGCUUCGCCAUUGACUGCCCCAACUCACUAGAAAACGUCAUGGACAAGUGGUACCCAGAAGUGCUGCAUUUCUGCCCAACAACACCGCUCAUGCUCUUGGGUCUCAAGUCCGACCUGCGCAACAAGAAGAACUGCAUCGAGCUACUCAAGACACAGGGUCUAACGCCCGUCACCACCGAGCAGGGUCGUGCCGUCGCAAAGAAAAUGGGCGCUGCCUACAUGGAGUGCAGUAGUAAAGAGCAGGAUGGUGUAGAAGAGAUCUUCGACAUGGCCGUCAUAAUGGCCGUCGGCGAGGAGCAAAGGGAGGAAGAAGAGCGCCGCGUGGGCACCGCAAACUCGUCAUCGAGAGGGAACACAUCGAAUUAUCCCGCGGGAGUCGUCAAGAAGAAGAAGCGCAGCGGCUGCAAGGUCUUGUAA